AUGUCUGACCAAAAAGAGUUUAAACCAGUCACGGUUUCAAAGCCUAUUCCAAACACAUAUGAUCUUGGUAACUUGGCUACCUUUGAUCCAAACCCUUUGGACAACAAGCUUUUAAAGGAUCCAGAGCAAAAGGAAGAACAUUUGGCAGCUGUCACCAGAGACAACUUGCAACUCUUGAUCAACCAGGUUUUGUCUUUGCCAGUGAAGUCUACUACCGAUGCUCAAGGCACAUCCGCUGGUCAGGACGCUACCAUGACCCUUAUACACUUGCCAGAGCCAACUACUCCAUUGCCAAGAGAGAAGGCCAUUCCAAAGGCCAAGCCACCUACGAAAUGGGAACAGUUUGCUGCUAAGAAGGGUAUCAAGGCCAAGGCCAAGGAUGGUAAGUUGGUUUACAACGAAGAGACCGGUGAAUGGGUGCCUAAGUGGGGUUACAAGGGUAAGAACAAGGACGCUGACAACCAGUGGUUGGUUGAGAUUGAUGACAAGGUCAAGGGUACUCCAGAUGAGUUGAUCGACCCAAGAACAUUGAAGCGUGCGGAGAGAAAGAAGUUGGUGAAGAAGAACGAGUUGCAGCACAAGCGUAACUUGAAGAACUCUCAAGUCUGA